AGAGAGAAUCAAAAGUUAAGGUUUUUAGCAGGAGAGCGGACAACUUCUGAAAAACAAGAUGCAGAUCUUCGUGAAAACCCUAACUGGGAAAACAAUCACCCUAGAGGUUGAAUCAAGUGACACAAUCGAUAAUGUCAAGGCUAAGAUUCAGGACAAGGAAGGGAUUCCUCCGGAUCAACAGAGAUUGAUCUUUGCGGGUAAACAACUCGAAGAUGGCCGUACUCUUGCUGACUAUAAUAUCCAGAAAGAAUCAACUCUUCAUUUGGUUCUGAGACUCCGUGGUGGAAUUAUUGAACCAUCUUUGAUGGCCCUAGCAAGGAAGUACAACCAGGACAAGAUGAUCUGCAGGAAGUGCUAUGCACGUCUUCACCCUCGUGCUGUCAACUGCCGCAAAAAGAAAUGUGGACAUAGCAACCAGUUGAGGCCAAAGAAGAAGAUCAAAUAGAUCUUUUGUGGGACUCUAGUACUGUUACUUUCGUUGGAGGAAUUCAGGAAGAGAGUUUAGAUGUUUAAGAUUAGACUUUAGUUCUUAGUUACUUUCUUUUGAUUCUGUUGAGCCAGAACGGAUGGUUAUGGACCUCUCAAAUAUGUUACCUUUUAUGAACUUCAAAUCGGAUGUCUAUUUAGACCUUUUUACUCUAGUAUUUUUGUGAGAUCUUCUCUGUACGGUUAAGUACUUCUGGUGGGCUUUUUUUCCUUCCAA